GCCGUUGCCUCGGAAAACCCGGGUGGCCCGAGGCGGACGGAAGCGAGAGCAGCGGCGGAGGCGGCAGCAUGCUCCCGGCCUCCUCACCGCCCUGGCCCCUGGCGAGCCUGGAACACUACGAGAGGCUGGGCCGCCUCCAGUUCGAGCUGCGGGACAGUGAAAAGAAGAGAUUGGACCUGGAAAAGAAACUUUAUGAAUAUAGUCAGUCUGAUAUAUACAGAGAUAAACUGAAGUAUGUAAAACUAAAGAAGUACCUGAAGGAAAUAUGUGAAUCAGAAAAGAUGGCUCAUACUCGAAACCAAGAAUAUUUAAAGCAGUCUCAGUAUAUCCAAGCUCACAUUGGACACUUUACCACCACAAGUACAGAGAAGCUUCAAGAACUAAAGAUUGAAUAUGAGGCUCAAUUUAAGAAGAUGCAGCUACUUUCAAAAGAUAGCCUGGGAAUAGAAGGUGAACUGAAAAAUGAAGACAGAGAAAAGGUUGCAGUGCAGGCAGGAAUUAACUCAGAAACAGCCAUGUCAAGAGGAUUGUAUCAACCAGCAACAAGCUUUAUGGGCCGCCAAAUGUCAGCCGUCUCAAGCAUUGGAGAUUUCAGUACAGAGCAGAAAUCUCCCCAACCCACAAAGAACUUUUCAAUUCCUGACCCACAUUCACACCAACAGACAGCCCAGAACUGUAAUGUGACAGACAGCUAUGUAGUACAAACUAAUAGUGACACACAGUGCUUAAAUAAGUCUGACAAAAUAGAUGGAAAGACAUCUCUUCAGAUUGGUGAGAAAAUGCUAGUCACAGCCAGCGUAUUGUCUGAGGAGGAACAAACUCAUUGCUUGGAGAUAGGAAGCAACACACGUCAUGGCAAGAGCAAUUUAUCUGAAGGCAAAAAUUCUGCUGAACUUCAUUCCCCGUUACAGGAAAGAUUAAGUCCAGAGAACAGAACCACUGAUUUAAAGUGUGACAGUUCCAGCAGAUCAGAGGGAUCAGAGAGAGAAAUACUGACACAGGAACAUAUUGAAGUCAAGGAAGAAAGAGCCAGACCGCCUGUCUCUCCGCUAUCAGUCUCAGAGUACUGUGCAUCUGAAAACAAGUGUUCUCAAGACAAGCAUUCCGCUGGGGAAGUUUUCUCAGAUCAUCUUCCUCAUGCAGACCCAAAGUCACAGAAGCCCUUCCGAAAAAUGCAGGAAGAGUGGGAGGAGGACAGUUUGAACAGCAGCAGUGACCUCACAGUUUCUGUAAGUGAAGAUGAUCUGAUUUUAAAGAGUCCAGAACCACAACCAAAUCCAGGUGACAAGAUAGAGGGAGAAGAUGGAAUAGAGGCCUUAAAAUUAAUCCACUCGGAGCAAGAAAAAGAUGCCCCAUCCACUGAAAAACAUAAUUGUAUUUUGCAAACCCUAAGCUUUCCUGAUUCAGAAAAGGAAUCCUCUGCUAACUCACCAACAAGACAGCUCUAUAAUCACAGUGACAUUCCAAAAGAAGACCUUGAAGACUUCGAAGCAGCUGUCCUUCCCCAGCUUCUGAGACUCUCCCCCGGGGGUGGCAGCGAUGGAAAGCAAGUCAGACCUGAACAAGCACUGGCCUCGGGCUUAUUAGGGGCACCAUUGAGUCAGAGUGUGGCCACCUUGAAAGAACAUUAUAAUUCUAUCGAAGAGGAGAGAGCUAAACCGUCUGAAGUUAUCCCAGUCAAAAAUGUGGACCAGAGGACAAAGGCAACAGCAUUAUUGAAAAGAGCCCCUACAGAAGAGGGUGAGGAUAGGUCGGCUAUUCACAGUAAUGAAUCAUCUUGCAGCUUGCCAUCUAUUCUGAAUGACAAUAGUGAAAUAAAGGAAGCAAAAUACGCUCCGUGGUUCAACAGAGUUCUUACCUGGGAACAAGAAGUUUCAAGUGGCUACAGAGAUGAGAGCAAGGAAGAAAGCAUGGCAGCAAAUGUUCCAAUCACAGAAACAAAAGUCUACCAGUGGCUGAAGCAGUCUGCCCUUCGGGAUAAUACAGAUCCAACUGAGGACAGAAUCCAAAAGGACGCUUCUGCCUCACAACUUGCAGGUUUGAACGUUGGCAGUGGUGCACUGAAGACAACGACAACUAACAAAAUCACAUCGGAAGCUAGUUUUUCAUCUAGCGAAAGAAGUCCUUUGUCAAGUCAUGAAAACAAAAAGAAACUAACUACCAACUUGAAGUCUAAAGCCUUCUGGGGUGAGUCUGAUGACACUAACUCAGAAAUUGAAGCUGCUUUACGUCCUAGAAACCAUAGCACAUCCACAGAUGAUUUUGGUGAUUUUUAUGACUAAUAAACUGUAACUGUUCUUGAAAUAAAGUAUUUAAACAAAUUGAAA